UCGCGGGCGCGGGCCCGAGUACGUGUCUGAGGGGGAGGCGGCGGUGGGGCCGGUGCGGAGCAGCCGCGGGGAGCGGGAUCGGCUCCAGCGCCAGUGCCGGGGAGGUUUUAAUUAGACUUCGGUCAGCCCGGGUUUUAUCGGAAGCGGAUUUUAAAAGCGUCUCUCGACCCUCUGCCUCUGCGGACGGGGCACCAUGUCGGAAGCGGAGCAGCAGCUGGCGGCCGGCGCCACCCAGAACGGGCACGAAGCGGCCGAGAGCGCCGGGGAGCAGCAGGCCGAGAGCGGCGCGGCCGCUGCGGCGGCGGGAGCGGCAGGAGCAGCGGGAGCGGCGACGGCGGCGGCGGGAGCCGGCCCGGCGGCGGGAACAGCGGGCACGGCCGCCAGCCAGAAUGGGGCCGAGGGCGAUCAGAUCAACGCCAGCAAGAACGAGGAGGACGCGGGGAAGAUGUUUGUUGGUGGCCUCAGUUGGGAUACAAGCAAAAAAGACUUGAAAGAUUAUUUCACCAAAUUUGGUGAGGUAACCGACUGUACGAUAAAGAUGGACCCUAACACAGGAAGAUCCAGAGGCUUUGGAUUUAUUCUCUUCAAAGAGCCUGGGAGUGUUGAAAAGGUUCUGGAACAGAAAGAACACAGACUAGAUGGACGACUAAUUGAUCCCAAGAAGGCCAUGGCAAUGAAAAAGGAUCCAGUGAAGAAAAUAUUUGUUGGUGGGCUAAAUCCAGAAGCUACAGAAGAGAAAAUCAGGGAAUACUUUGGAGAGUUUGGAGAGAUUGAAGCAAUUGAACUGCCAAUGGAUCCAAAGACCAACAAAAGGAGGGGCUUUGUGUUCAUCACUUUCAAGGAAGAGGAUCCAGUGAAGAAGGUUUUGGAGAAGAAAUUCCAUAACGUCAGUGGAAGCAAGUGUGAGAUUAAGGUAGCACAGCCAAAAGAAGUGUACCAGCAGCAACAGUUCAGUAGUGGAGGAGGAAGAGGUAGCUAUGGAGGAAGAGGCAGAGGUGGAAGAGGCGGCGCUCAAAGUCAAAAUUGGAAUCAAGGUUAUGGCAAUUACUGGAACCAGGGUUAUGGGAAUCAAGGAUACGGCUAUCAGCAAGGUUAUGGUGGCUAUGGAGGCUAUGAUUAUUCAGGAUAUGGGUAUUAUGGAUAUGGACCAGGCUAUGAUUACAGUCAAGGCAGUGCAAAUUAUGGGAAGACACCAAGACGUGGUGGUCAUCAGAAUAACUACAAGCCAUAUUGAUCAAACUUAUUCAGGAUUCAGAGGGACAGGACUUGCCACUGGUGACUGGAAUCACAGCAGGGAAGACCUGAGCAGUAUCACAAGAUUGCAGAAUGGGAAGGGCCUAUUUCUGAAUAUCUUCCAGCAAUGGAGUUUCCAGUGACUGUAGGCAUCCUGUUCUAAUACUUGACUCCAUUCAUGGUGAAAGACAUUUUUUCCUAUGUCUUAUCAAAAUUCCUCUGGUUUGAACUUACAUCUGAGGUAGUUUUUCCUGUCACCAUACAUCUUCACAGCUGGCUCCCAUGCUUUUGCUCCUUCCAUGAGACAGUUGUAGCUGCAGUGAGAUCUAUCAGGCUGUCCCUUGUAGCAGAACAAACCCAGCCCCUCUCACUGCAGGUCACUGAUGGCCCCUCCUUGCAGUGUGCAACAGCUGUCCAGUACUGGAGAGCCCAACCACAGCUCUCAGGGCUGGGCUGGCAAACACUCAACAGAGGGAAAAAUUAUUUCCCUCAGCUUCCUGGUUACAGUCUUUCUACUACAGGAAGAUUUCAGGAAUGCUCUGGCCAAAACUGAGCCUUGUAUCCCCAAAAUGCCAAUGUACUCACUGGUCUAAAACAAUCACAUCCUGGUGUUUUGUGUACUGCCGUGCCAGUCUCAGGGCAAGGUCGUUGGCUUCAGACCUACAGUGGAAAAAUUCAGCAAUUGUUUCAUUGUGGAUAUCUUGAGUUUUGAAAGCUAACUUCCCUUGCACUGCUCUUUGUGUGUGCAGAGAACAGACAGAACUUGCUGCAUAUUAUGCACAAAUUCCUCAGUAAUCAGCACUCACUAGGUAGGACUGUUCAUCAGAACAGAAUCCAUCUUAAAAAGCCAGAGCACAGGAAUUACUGAGUACAGGAACU